AUGCGCGCCUUCUAUUCGGCCCCGAUCACCAAAUUUUGGUCGUGGUGUAUAGCAUUUGUUAUAUUCCUCAUGUUAUCGUCUUAUGUGCUUCUUAUUGAAACUCCUGUGAAUCCCACCAACAUCGAGUACGCCACAUUGGCUUAUAUUGUCGUCUAUACUGUAGAACAUAUUCGUAAGCUCUUCGAUCAGGAAACGCCUAAACUCAGGGAGAAGUGCCGUGUAUUCUACACAAAAUAUUAUAACCUCUUGACUGCCACAGCUUUGCUGCUAUUUCUGGUCGGGUUUGGAUUUCGUAUGCAACCUUCGAUGAGACACUCCUAUGGUCGUGUCAUACUGUCAUGCAGUAAUGUGUUGUGGUACAUGAAGGUGCUUGAAUACCUUUCGGUUCAUCCACUGCUUGGUCCGUACAUCCAAAUGGCAGCCAAAAUGGUCAUAUCAAUGUGCUACAUCAUCGUUCUCCUUCUGGUGACAUUAAUGGCAUUCGGAGUUUCUCGACAAGCGAUCACUUACCCACACGAAAGUGGAACUGGCUUCUUUGUCAGGGACAAACUGUGUACCUGGUGGAUGGAUCCCGCCUGUGUUGAUGACAAUCUUCCUGUUGGUGGCAAAUAUUCUGCUGAUCAAUAUGCUCAUUGCUAUUUUCAAAAAAAGCCGUUGAAAACCGGGAAAGAGCGAGAUGAUGUCGUCGCGAAAUGUUCUAUGAGU